UGAAACUUAACCAAAAUAAGACCUUAAUCCACGCGAUAAACAAAAAUGCUAUUUCGAAAAUCAAAUUUUAAACCUUGGGUCAUUUUGAUCGCUGGACAAAAGAGGAUAAUUUAUAACAACUGUGUCAAAGAUGAAAGAAUUAUAGCAAUUUAUCUUAAACCUGUUUAAACAUGUGUCCAAACCUUCAAAUGGAUAUAGGUGUGUUUUAAAAUAACUGUGAUGCUUAACAUGGACAUUUGCUAUUCUCAAAUAACUAUUUAGUGAAAGUGUUUUUAAUGUUGAAAUUUGCAGGGAUCAGAAUUUCCUUUAUUUGAAUUACGGAAAAUACGCAAAGAAAAAAAACACGAUAUUGUUUUGACUACAUAAGGACUGAAAUAUGUUGGAAUUACGCAAGGAUAUGACGCAGUAUUCCUUCAUGCAGAUGUCAACAAAACAGACCGCCGCCAUUGUUGCAAUUAUAUCCGGUAUAUCAAUAAUACUUUUUGUACAGCAAAUGACAUUUGAUGAUAACCGUUUACCAGAACCAAAACCUUGGAAAAUAAAAAGUCAGGAUUUCUUUCGAAAUGGCAGUUACAAGAAAGAAACAGCAAUAAAAGAAGAUUCAGUGCCAGAAAGAUGUCUAACAAAUAAUGCAGUUCUAUCAGAUAUUUGGCAACAAGAACAAUGUCGAAGAAUUAAGUAUUUUAGAGGAAAAUGUCAGAAAUAUAAAUUACAAGGAAAUUAUAAUAUAUCUUCAUGGGUUUAUGUUUAUUAUUCUAAGAAGUAUAAACUUGCAUUUCGACCUAUUCCUAAAAUAGGAUCGACAUUCAUGUCUCAGGUCAUGUCUUUAUUGACAAACACUAGCAAUGAGCAGAUUUUCAUGAAGGCAAGAAGUGAUGUUCAUGAUAUGAAAUUAAAUUUGAAAAGAAAAUUUGCCUUUGAAAGAUUUCUGGACUUUACGGUUUUGAUUAUUGCCAGAAAUCCAUAUUCAAGGAUAUACUCUGCAUAUGUCGACAAGGUGUACAUCGUCAGCUCUUUGCCAUUGUGUAUGGAUAUCAAUUCUAAGUUGUUUAAUAGAAAUAAUAACACACUUUUGUGUAAGUUUGAUAUUUCGUUUGAGGAAUUUCUUAACUAUCUAUUUCACACAGACAAACCAGUUCUAAGGGAUCAUUAUGAGCCGAUUAUGACACUUAGCUACGGUAAACAAAUGUGUAACCAUCUAAAUAUUCAGAUUGUAAAACAAGAAACUUUUUCCGAGGAUGUAGAUCAUGCACUAAAAUCAGUAUACGUCAGAGGGCCAGUGUAUGACGUCAUUUAUGAGGAGAUGAAUUCUAAACAUACUGAAUCAACUAUUGGAAGUAUUGUAAAAACAGUACACAGAAAGUUUUAUUCAAAUGUACAAAGCAACUCAUGUUUGUCUUGGAAAGAUAUGGCUGUGAAGUUAUGGAAGUCAUUUCAAAUUCAGGGUUACAUACAUGAAAGUUCUAAAUUUCCUGAAACAAAGUUCAAAAAUGAGACAGAUUACAAAAGUUCUAAUUUAAUUCAAGUGAUGUUACAAGAAAUACAAAGCAGACCUUUGAAACACAGAGAAAAGGUAGAACAAAGAAACAAAGCUUUGAUAAAUGCGUAUAAAAGCGUUGAUAAGAAAUAUAUUCGUCAGAUACGCGAGCGCUAUGCAAUGGACUUUGACAUGUUUCACUAUAGUACAGAUGUUGAAAUUUCUGUAACUUAAGGAUAUUAAAACAGACGAUUUAUUGAUUGAUUAAUAUGCCCAGAAAGUAAAGGGACAUAGUGGACUCGAGGGUUGGGGAAGAAAGGAGCUAAAAUUGAAAAAAUAAAACAAGGGGCAAAAGAGAAGAUACCGUAGACGAACAGCAAGGGACACAAAAGUCACCAUAUUAGUGUGAAAAACAAAAAAAAACAUACAUCUGAGCCUUAUUAUUCUGAGGAACAAUGAGGGGCGCCACAUGCAACAUCAUCUUCGGUUGAUAACGUCUUCGUUUAAAUAGUGUUAGUGGUAAUCAACGAAGACAAUGGGUACCUACCUGGGGACAUCUUGUUUAAAAAUCUUCAAAAGGGAUGAUAAAACUGACUGUGAAAAGAGAAGAAACGUAAAUAUUUUAAUAUCAAUCCUAGUUUGUUCUGUACUUACUUUUGUAAUCUUAAAGGUUAAAAAAAAUAGUUUUACGAUAAAAAGUCGUUGAUACUGAAUUUAAUUCCGGUUUUUGUCUAGAAAAGACUAGUGAAAUUUAUAUGUGCCAGCUAGAAAAAAAUACACAGUUGUGAGAAAAGAAAAUGUUUGAGAAUGUGUUUGAACAUCUAGAUCUAUAAAUAUUGUGCAUUUGCCUUAAAAUGACAAAAGAUCAGUUUCUGCAUGUGAAGAAUUGCCAGUGGCAUGUUUUGACCUAUUAUAUGUUUUACUCAAAUGGAGAAAAAUAGAAUCCCUAAAGAAGGCCCAACACGGCAAAAUCUUAAAUCUUAAAGUUUUUGUCUUCUUUUUACGUAGUGUUGCUUAACAGGUUUAAUGUUAUUUUGUGAAGAGCUGCGUCAAAUGUUGAAUAUUCGUAUAUUAUAUUAGCUAGGCAGGUAAAUGUAAUGUUUUUUAAUUGAUAUCAUUAUGCAAAACUUGUGCUUCAUUUAAACCAUGCUGUAAUAUUAUUAUUCCGUUCAUAUUAAAAACAAACUUAUGUCUCAAAUAUACAGUAAAUGUUAAAUAUAAUUAUGUUAUAUAAGAUUAAUGACCUUGAUAUUUUGUUUUUGUAUGUAUGUAUGUAUGGAUGUAUGGAUGUAUGUAUGUAUGCAUGUGGAAAACUCAUUAAAACAAGUUUUUGACCAUCAGACAACAAAUCAUUAUCCUAAUUGAGGUGUAUCUGAAUCAUUAGAACUUUAUCAUCAUUUUU